AUGCCUGAGAAGCGGAGUCACCAUGGAUCCUUGAAUACUCAUAGCCAAAUCCGUUCACGCUCCUCAAGAGCCCAGCUGCAGUUCCCCGUGAGCCGUGUAGACCGCUUUCUUCGCCAGGGUCACUAUGCCCAAAGAUUGGCCUCAAGUGCCCCUGUUUUCCUGGCUGCUGUACUGGAAUACCUGACUGCUGAGAUCCUGGAGUUGGCAGGCAAUGCUGCCCGCGACAAUAAGAAGACCCGCAUCGCUCCCUGCCACGUGCAGCUGGCUGUGCGUAACGAUGUCGAGCUCAACCAGCUCUUUGGCCAUGUCACCAUCUCACAGGGUGGAGUUCUGCCCCGCAUUCACCCAGAGCUGGUGCAGCCAGCAACCGGGGGCCGAAGUAGCCAGAGUCACGUUGGACGUAACCAUAACUAUUCAGUGAAGGCCAAGUAA